AGAGAAGUAAUACUGAACUCCUGUGUUGUUUACGUUUUCCAUGUGAGUGACAGAAUGGACUGGAUAAUUAGUGCCCCGCUAGUCUUGUCAGUGUUUAGUGCCACACUUUGUUUCAAUAUUGAGCCCGUGGCUUGGAGAGCCCUGAGGAGCUCUGCUGCUGGUUUUGGUUACCGGGUGGUUCAAAGACAAUCAGAUCUGCUGGUCAGUGCUCCACUUGAACAGUAUUCACAAAAUGAAAGAGGGAGAAUAUAUAGGUGCACCACAUCUUCCCAAACCUGCCAAGAUAUCCAAUUUGAAGCACCAGGUUUCGCAGUCAACAUGUCGCUUGGUUUGACAAUGAAAAGCGAUCAAAGAGCACAAAACACUGUGGUGUGUGGACCAACCAUUGCAAAGGACUGCAAAAGCAUCACCAUGUACAACGGGGUGUGCUUUCAGUUGGACCGUUACAAUAGGCUUGGACCACCCGUACCUUCUUCUAUUCAAGAUGAGAUUGCUGCAAAGGUAGAAGGGACACCAGGCUACAUGUAUGACUUGUAUGAUUUGGUGUAA